UGUAAUCUCUACUUCCUGGAUACGCGCUCAGAAAAACAGUCAGGUUGGAUUUGUAGUUAUCAUAUUAAAGUGAGUUUCCACCAACUUGUAGCUAACACAAACAGUAAGGCGUCAUUUUCUAAAUAUAAAUAACAUCUUAAUGCCACGAAAUCACCGAUGAUAACGUAGACGGGCGAGUGAGGCGGUGGGCGCAGAAAGUUGCAGAGGAAGAGCGCCACGUCACUUAAAAAAAGCGAGAGAGAAAAACACACACCCGGAAACAGCUGCGACCACCGGGCUCUGUGACAGCCUCUUAACGGAGAAGGACCAGUGAAUACACAGGUCAAAAUGACGGCGUCCAACUGGGGUCUCAUCAUGAAUGUGGUGAACAGCAUCGUGGGAGUCAGUGUGCUCACCAUGCCCUUCUGCUUCAAACAGUGUGGGAUAGUGCUGGGGACUCUCCUGUUGUUCUCCUGUUCGUGGAUGACCCACAAGUCCUGCAUGUUUCUGGUCCACACAGCGAGUAACACAAAAAGAAGGACCUAUGCGGGACUAGCUUUCCAUGCUUACGGAAAACCAGGAAAAGCUCUUGUGGAGAUGAGUAUGAUCGGUUUGAUGUUGGGGACCUGCAUUGCCUUCUACGUCGUGAUAGCUGAUCUGGGCUCCAAUUUCUUCGCUCAGCUGUUAGGUUUACAGGUGACCUUUGGUUUCCGUGUGCUGCUGCUGUUUGCCGUGUCCCUGUUCAUCGUCCUCCCUCUGAGUCUGCAGAGGAACAUGAUGUCCUCCAUCCAGUCCUUCUCCGCCAUGGCUCUCAUGUUCUACACCCUUUUCAUGUUCACGAUGGUGCUGUCCUCGUUCAAACAUGGCCUGCUCAGUGGCCGGUGGCUAGAGCAGGUCAAUGUGGUGCGCUGGGAGGGUGUGUUUCGCUGUCUCCCCAUCUGUGGGAUGGCCUUCGCCUGUCAGUCGCAGGUGCUGCCGACGUAUGACAGCCUGGACGAGCCGUCCGUCAAACGCAUGAGCACCAUCUUCACCUCAGCCCUCAAUGUAGUCACCAUCUUCUACAUCACUGUGGGUUUCUUUGGCUACGUCAGUUUCACAGACGACAUCGCCGGCAAUGUUCUGAUGAACUUCCCAUCUAACCUGGUAACAGAGAUGAUCCGCGUUGGCUUCAUGAUGUCUGUGGCCGUCGGGUUCCCCAUGAUGAUCCUGCCCUGCCGUCAGGCCAUCAACACCAUGCUGUUUGAGCAGCAGCAGAAGGAUGGGACGUUUGCUGCGGGAGGAUACAUGCCUCCUGUGCGCUUUAAGAUGAUCACCCUCUGCAUCGUGUUUGGAACCAUGCUGGGAGGCAUCCUCAUCCCCAACGUGGAAACCAUUCUGGGUCUAACUGGAGCCACCAUGGGCAGCCUCAUCUGCUUCAUAUGCCCUGCCCUGAUCUUCAGAAAGAUCCAGAAAAAUGGCAUCAUUGCUCAGCUGGUGCUCUUUGUGGGUCUGGGCAUCCUGCUGAUCAGCACCUUUACCACCCUCUCCAUUUCGGCCAGCAGUACCCCCACCAAAGCCAUAGGUCCUCCUCCACCAGCACCUAUCAGGAACAACCUGCUAGUACCAGACCUUCCACAAAUGCAAGAAAUUUCUCUUAACAAGAAGCCAGUGGAGAUAGAAAAGCCAGCUCCUCCAGUUGUGGAGGGGCUAAAACCCGUAGAGAGGGUCCAGCCUGAGCCCCCCCAAAUUAUAGGACCAGUGGAUGUACCUGAGAGGAAGAAGAAGGAGGAGGAGGUGCAGCUGGACCGCCCUGAUGCUGGUGUUGCUGUGCCAGAGGUAGAGGCCCAUCGCCAUGAACCUCCCAUCCCUCAUGAUGAGGUUGUGGUGGAUGCCAGGAAGAACAAUGCAGAGCUGGAGGAUGACAAAAAACAACCGUUUGUAGGAGAAAAGGAACUAAAGAGACAUAAUGGUUUAAGCAAUGAAAUGAAGGUAGAGGCCAAUCGCCAUGAACAACCGUUUGAAGGAGAAAAGGAACUAAAGAGACAUAAUGGUUUAAGCAAUGAAAUGAAGGUAGAGGGCCAGAAAGACGAGAAAGAGGAACAAAAGCCUGCAGAGGUUGUGAAGAAAGAAGUUGUGGAUUUGGGUGGAGGUGAAGUUCUUUCUAACGAGGUGCUGGAGAAGCAGGGUGAAGCAGUAGGAAAAGAGCAGGAAGUUCCUAAGCUAAAGACUGAUGAAAUAAUCGAUGCUGUGAAAGAUUCCAGGAAUGUAGAUGUGUUGAAAAAUAAGGCUCCAGCUGCACAGGUGGAAAAUGAGGCCCAAGCACCAGACACUGCAGGGAAACCUCCACUUCCUGAAGGAGAACAUCAACCUGCUGCCGACAGCAAGGACACGGCAGACGAGAAGUUGGAAGUGAUAAAAAAGCUGGUUGCAGAGGGCCAGCUGGACCACGCCGUCCUACUGCAGGUGAUCAAGGAGCAGCAGGUGCAAUCCAAGAGACUCCUGGACCAGCAGGAGAAACUUUUAGCUGUGAUAGAAGAGCAACACAAGGAGAUGCACCAGAAACAGCCUGCUGGGGCUGGAGAAGGUGAGGCAGAGAAAGGAGUCCAGGAACCCUUGGAGGUGGUGGUGGAAGGAGGAGCAACAAAGGUGAAAGAGUCCGGCUUGGCGUCAGACGUGAAGCAGACUAAGGAGGAGGCUGGAGCUGCACAGGGUGUAGAAGACCAGCCUAAUGCUAUAGCCCCGAAUCAAGCCCAGGCUGCUGAUCAGGGUGCUGUGGCCGGGGAUCCUAAAGCAGCUUAUAAAGAGGACAGCCAUGAAGCAGCAGAGGGAGAGCCCCAUAAGCAGAGCGAGCUAGGGGCAAGGGGUGUGCCACUGAGAAAGAAAGGACCCGAUGACCAUCAACCUGAACCUCAAAAUGAUCAGGUAGCCCAACUCAAGGAUGAAGAAAGAAGUGUAGAUAAGGAAAAGGAAAGAAUGGAGAAAGAGGCGAGGCUUGAAAAAGAAAAGCACGAGAUGGAGACAAAGGAAAAACUGAGUCGAGAACUGGAGUUGGAGAAGGCACGAGCUGAAAAGGAGAGAAUUGAGAAAGAAGUGCAGGCGAGAGUGGAGACACAGCGACUGGAAAGGGAAAGACGGGAGAGGCUGGCGAAAGAACAGGAGCUGGAGAGAGCGGCAAAGGAGAAGCUUGCACAGGAGAAAGCAGCAGCAGCAGCAGCAGAAGAGAGACUUAAGCAGAAGAUGCAGCAGGCAGACAAUGAAAUAUUUGAGAGAAAGAAAGAGAUAAAAGUUGAGGAGGCUCAGGAGAAGCUGGCCCAGGUGGAUGGAGAUAUAGCAGUCAGAGUUGUUGCACAGGGGGCUGAAGGAGAAGAUGGAGGAGCUUUGAAGAAUGGAGGAAGAGACCUCAAAGAGAAAGCUGUAGCUCAGGCCGACCCCAGAGAAAGAGGAGAAGACUUGGCCGUCAAAGCCAACGCUCAGCCUCAGGGCUCCCACGAGAAGGUCAGGGACCAGGGAGAGAUGGAUCUAAGGAGGAGGCGCAGGGCACUGGGACCCGGCGAGGCUGAAGGGAUCUCAGAGGAGACCGGCAUGUCCAGGGGGGUGCCUGGGCUGGAACCCCUGUUGGAGCUGGGGGGCUCAGACUUGCACGCAGCCCUUGAGGAGCGGCUACUGGCCGGAGCAAUAGUGCACUCGCGUCAGAUUAAAGAGGCCUCAGAGGACGAGGGGGUGAAAUAGAUACACACCUGCAAGAACCAGUCAAACUGUGGACUAUGAAACAGUUGCCUUUACAUCCAUUCUCGACUUCAGAAAUGUUCUGGACUAAAAGGAACACAUUCUCCUUGAUACUGUGUAGUUCAAAAAUAACCCAAAGUCUUUGUUAAAGAGCAGUGUCUGUAAAUGUUAACUUAUUUUUGUCUGUACUGGAGAGAAUUUUAAGAGGUUACUGUUGAAAUGUAAAUAAAUCUAUGCAAAUCUGUGUGAAAUGUUUUGACAGGAUGAGUGUAAAAAUGUUUGUUUGAAUCUACUCAGUUCCUUUUCAUUUAGCAGCUCUGUGGCUUCUGUCUCUGUAGGUUCUGUGUCUUUUUAUCAUCACCUGUGUGGAUGUGUGUGUGUUUAACGCUGCGGCCAGUUAGGUUCAUCUGUUACUUUAAAGUGUAAAUCAUGUACAUGUGUUGUGGUUAUUCUUUAGGCCUUCAAUUGACCACAUAUUGGAUGUAUUGUGGGGGUAAAGCACCUUUAGUUUAUUGUUGCUUCUCUAUACUUUCAAAUGAAUGUAACUGCAUUCAGCCUCAUUCUGGAGCGCCGAGGUUUAUAAUAGUGUAGCCUUACUGUUUGAGAAACUGUGGAUCCAUGACUGUAGUAACAAUCAUUCCAUCUUCAGAAGCUCCUCCACUUUGAUUCAUCGUGCCUUUCAAGCAACAUGCUGCAUUGGGUGACUCUUUAAAAAAAUGUGGCAGUUUUUCUCUAUUUUAUUUUUCAUCUCUCUCCUAGAACUUUGAAUCUACAAAUCGCUAAGAUUAAGAACAUUGUGUUUAGGAAAUUGGAGAAAUUAAUGAUCCAUGUUUGGAGUGUUUUUUUUAAUUAUUAUUUUAUCCAGAAAUCCAACUCUUCUGACUCCAUCUGUUAGCACUUCAACACAUGCUGGACCCUUUCUUCAUACAAGAGACGUUUUCAUGACUAUUUUUCUAUGUGCAUCGAGUUUCUGUACAUUUUGCUGAUAAGAAUAAAUAAAAAACAUCUUUAUUACA